AUGGCAUCCAAACCCACAACCAGUUCUUCUUCCGCCGCAAUCACAAUCUUCAGACCGGGAACAUUAGUUGAAAUCAGCAACGAUGUAGAAGGAUACUACGGUUCAUGGUUUACCGGAAAGAUUGUCUGUUGUCUCCACCACCACAAGUUUGUUGUGGAGUAUGAUAAAAUAAUGGUGGAUGAGGAGGGAACAAUGGGAGUCCAAGAAACUGUGAACCUUUCCCAGCUCCGUCCAAUUCCUCCGAAGGAGAUCAUCCAGGAUCUCCAAGUUGGGGACGAAGUUGAUGCUUAUGAUAGAGACAGAUGGUGGGAGGGUCGCAUCUCUGGCAACUUUGAAAACGGUAUGUGGGCAGUUUAUUUUAUCACAAAUAGGAAGUAA